GGAUCGAGCCGAUUUAUCAUUUUUUUUUCAAAUAAAAUCCAAUGGCGUUGAUCAGGUGUUUCCGGAAAAAUUAUUCGUUCUACGAUUCCCCGCCAGGCGACUUACGUGACAAUGUUGGGUGGAUUAUUAUUGUUAUAACAAUCAGCUGCUACUGAUGAUGAAGUGCACUGUGUCAAAAAAAUCGUGUGUAACAAUUAAUUUUAUCGUUUCAAAAAUGUUUAAUCAUAAAAAAAUCUCGAUCGUUCAACAGUGAAAAUAUGGCAAAAGGAAUUAUGCAUUUACGUACUUAACCUAAAAACACAUCCCUGCAGACGAAAAACUACUUAUUUUUGUAUUUUUGAGGAAUUGAAAAAAAAUGGCAAACCCACCACCAAAUUACAAUCAAUUUGGAGUAUCUUGGAACUCUGCACCUCCCCAACCACCAGGAUACUACACAAUCCCACCCCCCAAUUUCCCUCCUCCAAAUUUAAGCCAGCCUCCUCCGAGCUUUACAGUCCCUCCACCAAGUUUGACUGAUGGAAAGUCUGUAAAUUCUGUUCCUCCUUAUAAUUCCAGUGAAGUUUCUUAUUCCCCAAUGUUGUCUGUUCCUUAUCCACAGUUUCCUUACCAAAAUGCUCUUCCAGUGCAAUGUUCGGAGAACUAUUAUCCUGUAUAUGGGCAGAAUGCACCUGGGCCUGGAAACUGCGACUGGGAAUCAAGAACAGUGUAUCGGAUGUCAGGGAGCUCUGACUGGGGAGACAGUGGGAAUUCUGCAAGCUGGCGAUCGCAAGAAUCGAUAGAGAGUUCAUGGCCUGAGUCGGAAAAAGGUCGUGGUCCUGAGAAAAAGAUCAGGCGUAGAAAUGAGUCCAACGAGAGAAAAUCUGACUGGAGAUGGAUGGAUAAAAAAUCUUCCAGGGAUCGUCAUCCGAGUAGAAAGCAUUCUAGAAGCCCUGAGUACAAUUCUCGGUCUUCAAGAUCCCGUUACGAUCCUCCGAGGCACGAGGACGAUCGACAUAGACCACGUGAACGUGACAGAUACAGUAAAAAUCGUUCGACUCCCCGAGAUUAUGGGCCUGAUAUAGGAGAUGCAGGUCGCAAAAGUCAUAGAGACUUACACGUGUCCCCAAGAUCUUCUUUGAGUACAGGAAGAUCGCGAGAACGGAGCAAACCUCGAAGAAGAUCCAAGUCCCAGGAUUCUCACACUUCAAAGAACUCUCUUCCUCCGGCUCCAGUUAUUGCAAAACCCAAAAUUCUCACUGAAAGAGAAAUUCUUUUGGAAAAAUAUCGUCGACAUUAUUGCGCUACUAGCAAAGAUAUGGAAAGAAAAUUGAAUGAAUUAAGUGCUAUUGGAACUGAUGAAAUUAUCGAAAACGAGAAAAAAGUUUGGACCAGGACUGCUCCGGCUGAUCUUUAUUAUACGAGGGAUGAAAAUAAUCCUAGAAUUAUGAGAAGCACCGCUAAAUUGAGGGAACUUUGCACUAUUUUUAAACAUUUACUACUCGAUCGAGCUGCUGUUGCAAGGGCAAGUCAACCCCCUUAUGAGCCACCACCAAGGAAAACAAGAGCCCGUUUGUGUCGACACAAAUCAGAAGCAUGCAGUAGUUCAUCAGACAGCGACAGUUCAAUGGACGAGGACGAUCGAACGAUGGAAGAAUUAAUGGCCAAAAAACAACAUCCGCAGAGAUUACAUCCAGAAAUGUGGUUCAACGAUCCUGGAGAAAUGAAUGAUGGACCUCUUUGUCGAUGUAGCGCAAAAUCACGGAGAUCCGGAAUUCGACAUGGAAUUUACGCCGGCGAGAGUGUCGUCAAUCGUUGCGAUCUCAAUUCCAAUAACGCUGACAAGUUACACCAUUACAGAAUCACUAUCAGCCCUCCUACAAAUUUUCUCACCAAAACUCCUACGAUCAUAAAACACGACGAGCACGAAUUCAUAUUCGAAGGAUUUUCUAUGCUCUCUCAUUUUCCACUCGUCAAAUUACCCACGUGCAAAGUUAUUCGGUUUAAUAUCGAAUACACUAUUCUUUACAUCGAGGAAAAGUUGCCUGAAAACUUUACGAUACAAGAACUCGAUUAUUUUCAGGAUUAUCUUUUCAAAGAAAUUCUGGAGCUCGUUGAUUUCGAUCUCCACGCUGCCCAGGACAAUUCUGGAUGCGGGCAGUUUCAUUUCAUGCCUAGAUUCGUGAGAGAUUUACCGGACAAAGGCCAAGAAAUACUCUCGAUGAACGAAGUGCUGAAUUAUUUGAUAAAAAGCAGUACGUUAUUGAUCGAACCCGAGGACCUUCCGAGACUCGUAGAAAUGCCACAAUAUCAGUGGCAAAAUUUUGCGGACGAAGUCAAAGGCAUGGUUGUUACUUAUCCUGGGAAAAAACCGUGCAGCGUUCGAGUCGAUCAAUUGGAUCGCGAUCAAACCGAUCAACCACCCGGUGUUCUUGCUUAUCCCGAAAUCGUGCAUUUUGGCAUUCGGCCACCGCAGCUCAGUUACGCCGGCAAUGCAGAUUACCAAAAAGCCUGGAGGGACUAUGUGAAGUUUCGUCAUUUAUUGGCAAAUAUGCCAAAGCCAAGUUUCGAGGACAAGCGUAAACUGGAGGCGAAAGAAAACAAAUUACAAGAAUUACGUACGCAGAGUAAAAUGAAGAGGGACGUAACGGUGGACGUGAGCUCGGAGGGUUUUUACAGAACAGGAAUAAUGUGUGACAUCGUGCAGCACGCGAUGUUGAUUCCCGUGCUGGUGUGUCAUCUGCGAUUCCACAAAUCGUUGGACAAUUUGGAGAAAACGCUCAACUACAAAUUUCAAAAUCGUUAUCUCUUGCAAUUGGCACUGACGCAUCCGAGUUAUCGCGAAAAUUUCGGCACGAAUCCUGAUCACGCGAGAAAUUCAUUGACCAAUUGUGGAAUACGUCAACCUGAGUACGGUGAUCGUAGAAUUCAUUAUAUGAACACGAGGAAGCGAGGGAUCAAUACCCUCAUAAAUAUCAUGUCGAGAUUCGGCGCUCGGAGAGAGACCGAAUCGUCAAUCGCGCACAACGAGAGAUUAGAAUUUUUAGGUGAUGCUGUCGUUGAGUUUCUCACCUCCAUACACCUUUUCCACAUGUUUCCUGACCUCGAAGAAGGCGGGUUAGCCACUUAUCGAGCUGCCAUUGUUCAAAAUCAACAUUUGGCUGUUCUUGCUAAAAAAUUGAACCUCGAACAAUACAUGCUUUAUGCACAUGGCAGUGAUCUCUGCCACGAUCUCGAGUUACGUCAUGCCAUGGCCAAUUGCUUCGAAGCUCUCAUGGGAUCCUUGUUCCUCGAUGGCGGCAUCAAUGUCGGCGAUCACGUAUUUGGGUCAACCCUCUUCAAAGAUGAAGUCGAACUUUAUAAAGUCUGGGUCAAUUAUCCUAGGCAUCCUCUACAAGAACAAGAACCCACUGGUGAUAGACAGUGGAUACCAAGCUUCGAACUCUUACAGAAAUUGACAAAAUUCGAAGAUUCAAUUGGUAUAGAAUUUACGCACAUAAGAUUGCUGGCUCGAGCUUUUACGGAUCGAAGUAUCGGCUACACGAAUUUGACCUUGGGUUCGAAUCAGAGGCUUGAAUUUCUCGGAGACACGGUGCUACAAUUGAUCGUUUCUGAAUAUUUGUACAAAUUUUUUCCCGAGCAUCACGAGGGCCAUUUGUCGCUUUUGCGGAGUUCUCUCGUCAACAACAAAACUCAAGCCGUCGUUUGCGACGAUUUGGGAAUGACUCAGUACGCUCUUUACGGAAAUCCUAAAGCUGAAUUGAAGACGAAAGAUCGUGCGGAUUUGCUGGAAGCUUUUUUGGGCGCGCUGUACGUCGACAAAGGCUUGGAAUAUUGUAAAGUCUUCUGCGAUGUUUGUUUCUUCCCACGUUUGCAAGACUUUAUUAUGAAUCAAGACUGGAACGAUCCGAAGAGCAAAUUGCAACAAUGCUGUUUGACCCUGAGAACUAUGGAUGGAGGAGAACCCGAUAUCCCGGUCUACAAAGUUAUCGAGUGCAAAGGUCCAACCAAUACGCGAGUUUACACGGUCGCUGUUUAUUUUCAAGGAAAACGUCUGGCAAAAGCUUCUGGACACAGCAUUCAAGAAGCGGAGAUGAAUUCGGCGAAAGAAGCCCUCGAAAAAUCACAAGAUUUGUUUCCGCAACUGGACCAUCAGAAACGCGUGAUAGCAAAAAGCAUGAAAAUGCAGCAAUGGCCGAAUCGUUCGAAGCUCCGCGGGAAUCAAACGAGAGAAGAAAAGUUCGAAAGUUCAGAUUUUUCUCAUAAAAAGCGACGAAGUAGAAGUCGAGAUCUUGAGCGCAGUGAUCAAAGAUCGAGGGACCGUUACGACAGUUCGGAUAGACGAAAAUUUGAGGGUCGCGAAGGGACGACGAAGGACAGGAGACAAAAAGUGGACAUGAGAAAGAAAAAAUCAGGUGUAGAAAUAACAGAAAUUCGAGAAUCAGAGGUAGAGUCGAGGGGCGGAAACUCAUCGGAAAAGAUGAGAAAUCUCGACCGUACGAAUGAGAAUAAAAAUUCCGAAACUCUGAUCUUCGACGGUACGGAAACAACGAAUAUUUCUAGUCAAAGUAGUAAAAAAACUGAUGAUAAUUCUCGGAAAUUGACCAGUGGACGGAACAGAAAACGCGCACAUUGUUUCGAUAAAAGAGAAUCAAGCAGUGAUGAUGAUAAUAUACCUGAACAAUACCGUACCAGUAAUUUCACGUGCCAGGCAGAAAAAAAAUUGAAAUCUUGACUUUUCCCGCAGUCAAUUGAUUGUAAAUACAAAAAUUCAAGCGUUUUCAAGGUACUUUGUCAUUUUAUAUUGAUCGGAUAUGGAACACGCCAAUCAAAUUGUUUCCUAUUCCAUAAUCAUGUUUUAGGUUUAAUAUACGUUGUUUAUAGAGUAAAUGCUAUUUUUUCUAGUGUGCAGUUUUCAUUUUGAUUUUUGAGAAAUAUUAUUUUUUUCAGUCUUGAAAAUGAAACUAUAAUAUUUUGGAAACCUCGUUAUCAUUUUCAGACAUUGAUACAAGAAUUUUUAGUUAAUUGGCAUAUUAAUAAAAAUUGUAUUCCAAUUGAGUGAGAAAGACAUUCACAAUUUAGUCAAAUUCUAUAUGGAUUUAAUCUCAUUGAGUAAUUAUAAUAUUUGUUACCGAUUUGACAAAAUCGAUGACUGAAAAUUUUCCUCCCAGCACAAUGAUUCCAAUAUCGAUUCUUACUAAAUCGCAAGUGCAAUUGUGCCAAUUUUUCAACUGUAAAUGAAUGAAAAAUCGUAUAAAAAUUAUUGGAAAACAACGAAAAUUUGUUUUUAAUUUUAAAAUAAUAUUUUACAGAUUUAAUACCAUUUCUUAAUUCCUCAGAUUAUAAAACUGCAUAUUCAAGUUCUUUCAGAACUUAUUCACCGUUCUUUUUUUCUUGACCAAACUGAACGAUCGAACAUUUGUUGGGACACUUCAAAUCGACUCGAAAACAAGAGGAUACAAAGAGCAAUUAUUUAUAGACAUAAUUCGUUUUUCUGUACAAUUUCAUUUAGCUUGAGUCUCAAUCUGUGGAAUUUUCUGGGA